AUGCCCCGCACCUACGGAAAAUCCAAAGGCAAAGCGAAGCAAACGCGGCUUUCGUUUGUGCCAGAGUUUACAAACAGUCAAGAUGAGGAGGCUAAUCGCAAUGCAAACGUGCGCUAUGCCCAUCCAUCAUUAUCAACCCUUCGCAGCCCCCGGAAAGCCAGCGAGAAAAGUUCAACACCUACUCCAUUCGUGAACCUUGAGCCAUCACCAGAGGAAGCCUCGCAAAAACGAUCUCGCAGGAAAGGGAAGAAAGCCUCGCAAAUGUCAGCAUCGCAAAACGCCACCCCUCCCCCUCCGGCUACCCAGGAUAGCGACAGCGACUUGGAGAUUGUAAAGAGCGCGCGGAAGAAUACCAGAGCAAGGAAUACGAAACGGAAGAGGGUAGACUCUUCAGAGCCUGAGGAUCCUCACAUUUCAGACGAGAGUGACGCCGAUGAAGUAGUUUCCCGACCUCGUCGGAAACUGAGGCGGGGCGGAGCUCCUCAACCUAUUGUCGUCGAUGAUGAUUCUUCGGAAGAUCAAGAGAUUCGGGCUGGUGCUUCAAAUUCACCUGACAUCCCACACACACCCCGGCGCGAUUCUGCUCAGGAUCGGAUUGAUCUGGAUGAGGAUCUUGAAGAUCUUCAGGACUCAGUUGUCAAAACGUCGCGCACUCGUGGCAGCGUUGCCAACUCAGCCAAAGCGCAAAGGCAACGGCACCUAGAAGUUUUAAGGCGUCGAAGGGCCGGAAAAACGGACGAUGAUGACGGAGAGGACCGGCUAUCGCCACAGCCAGAGGCUUCAGGGUCAGAACAGAGCGAGGACGAAGGCGAGGCAGAGGCUCCAGUUCGACAGCCUCAGUUCCGGAGUUGGGCGAACGACAGCGAAAGCAGUGAUGUUGAGUCUACUAUUGGCGCAAACGAAGAUUUGGAUCGCUACGAAGACGAUUUCGUACUAGACGAUGAAGAUGAUAAACUCGGUGCCCCCAGCGGGCUGGAGGAUAUGCCCAUCGAGUUUUCUCGUCACUCGUACAAGCAGUUAAAGGACUAUUUCCAGGACGCUGUGGAAUGGAUGGUGCAAAACCAACUUAACCCAGCGUUUCCUCGUUCAGAUCCUUUAUAUAGGGUCGCUUUUGAAAAGCUCGAAGCAGAAGUUCGAGGACGCACUGGGUCUCAGUAUAUUUCAUCAGUUUGGAACACCGAUUUUCGCCGGGCACUUCUUGCACGACCGCAGAUGGAAACCACAACGUAUCCAACAGACUUUAACCACCCAUGCGAUGCCUGUAACCGAACAGGACAUCCAGCUUCUUUCGACGUCAAAUUUACCGGAAAAGCAUACUCACUUGAAACACUCGAGGCGUUAGCGGACGCAGAUAGCGACGAGGAACAAUCAGAGAGUGAAGAAAACGACAAUCAAGAACGAGAUCGCGAGGGCUACACUUUACCAGACGAGGAUACCCAUUUCUACCUAGGAAGACACUGCAUGAAAAAUGCCGAAAUGGCACAUACCCUAACCCACUGGCGCUUCCAUCUCAACGAAUGGGUCGUUGAACACCUACGUAUCACUGGCUACAUGUCAGACAAGAAGAUCCUAAAGCGCAGCCACUACAGCCAGAAGAAGAAGAACAAGCAUGCUGGAAAGGCGGUUAAGAAGAUGAUCGAUUCCGGAGAGGUUAAAAAGCUCUGGCGUGAUUUUCAUAUUAACUUACGGACCGCAAGGGAGUCGAACGUGUAA